GGCAACAGUGUUUGGGCGAUGUCGUUGGUAUUGUUCAGUAUUGUUGACUUCAAGAUGGCUGCGGAUUACUGUGGGGGAUAUUCUAAGAAAUCGUAAUUCUCCCUAAGGGAAUUUUCCUAUUUUAUAUAUAUAUAUAUAUUCGAAAAAUCUUGUGUUAUACGACCUUAAGAACUUCGGUGACAAUUACACCGACGUUUAAUAGCGUCGUUCAACUUAGAAUACUGUACAAAAAAAAAAAAGAAAAGAAUAUGAAAAUCAUGCCAUCUGACACUAGCUGACUUAUGGAAGAACCUCCAAUGUCAGCAAGGAGGAUGAUUUUUAAAGUUUUAUGGCGUUAUCGCCUUUAACCGAGUAAUACUCAAAUGUCAAUAUGAACCCUUCGAUGAACCGAAAACGCAGUUCGUCUGUAAGUUUUACAAGAGGAAAAGAUAACAGCGAUGAUGAUGUUGGAGACGAAAUACACAUAUCUUUGGCACCAUACAUACAAACAUACUUGGCACAUAGCGGACAAGGUCUUGGAUGUUGUGGGAUUAGUUUACCAGUGCCAUUUGAACGUGCUGCCACACGUUCUUGGUGGAAUCCAAAAUUUGAUUCUGAAAUUCUAGAAGAACAAUUUAAAAGAAGUGCCUUUCCACAGAUUAGACUUAGAUUCCGAUAUGCUCUUACAUAUAUCCUGUUGGUAUCUGUGUUUUGGCUGGCAUAUUUUGUAAUCACUGGAAUCGGGAAUAAUACUUCAACAUGGCCUGCUAUCGCAGCCAUUUUCAGUAUUGUUGGAACCGUGGUAUCCGCUGUAUUAUAUUUAACUCAUACGGAACACUACAAGUCUUACGUGUUAACAACUUCAGUAGGAGUUGCAUCCGUGCUGUGCUUUCUUUCUUUACUAUUUCUUGCGGUAGUACCGCCUCACGUAGAUGGCUUAACACUAGUAGGACAUUUUGCACUAUGUUCAGAAAUCUUGUUACUGAUUUAUACGGUACUACCAAUGCCCCUUUACGCUUGCAUAGGAAUAUCUUCUAUUUACUCUAUUAUAUUUGAAUUUUUAACUGCCUAUCUCUAUGGCUCGAAAAAUAGAAGACAAAGGAUAUUCGACAGUCACAAAUUUUUUAAUCAUUCUUCAAUAACAAAUAUUUCUGAAGACUACAACAGAACAUCUGUUCCUAUUUAUUCUUCGCAAGAACAUCAUAGUUUUCUCAAUGGUCUCCAAAGUACAAUGUCUAAUGUUAGCGAUGCAUUGAAAGCUGGCACAGAGAUGAUGUUUAAUUUAAAUACUUCUAAUCCAAUAUCUAAUCUUAGUUCCAAAUUGUUGAAUGAAGAAAAUAUGUCUGGAAAUUUUACCAAUGGAAAUAUAUUAACGAAACUAAAUUCUAGUAUUCCAUUUGCUAUGGCAAAUGUUGGUUCUACUAUCAAUUCAACGGCCAACAAUAUAAAUAUUAUUAGUAGUCUUAGUAAAAUGAAUGCGUCUUCUACAGAAGGCGAAUUAGCUCUUAAUGUUGUUGAAUCUAUUACCAAUUGGACUAAUACAUCGGAUACGUAUUUGCAAGAUGAUAUUGAUUUUACAACGAAUCUCAGUAUAAGAAUUUUAAUGCAAAUAUGUAUUCAUUUAAUCGGCGUACAUAUCUUGAUAAUGACAUUUGUGCGAAUGCGUGGUACUUUUAUGAAAGUUGGCCAAUCAUUGCUCGUACGACGUCAAUUAGAAAUGGAAAGACAGCUUAAAGAAAAAAUGAUACAUUCUGUAAUGCCGCCAAAAGUAGCAGAUUGGUUAAUGGAAGAAAGCGGCAGAGAGAGAGAACGUGAAGAUUCUCUUAAAAAAGGUUCUAUACCCUCUAAUCAAACGGAUAUUAGAUCUUUAUUUCGACCAUUUAAUAUGCACUCUAUGGAAAACGUUAGCAUAUUAUUUGCCGAUAUUGUUGGUUUUACUAAAAUGAGCUCGAAUAAGACUGCUGAGGAAUUAGUUGGCAUUCUAAAUGAUCUAUUCGAACGAUUUGAUGAUUUGUGCGAACAUCAUGGAUGUGAAAAAAUUUCUACAUUGGGGGAUUGCUAUUAUUGUGUCAGUGGUUGUCCUGAACCAAGGCCCGAUCAUGCAAAAUGUUGCAUCGAAAUGGGAUUAGCUAUGAUAGAAGCUAUAAAACAAUUCGAUAUAGAAAGAAGAGAAGGAGUAAAUAUGAGAGUCGGAGUUCACACGGGAACCGUUUUAUGUGGAAUCGUUGGCACUAAAAGAUUUAAAUUUGAUGUCUGGUCAAAUGAUGUGACAUUGGCAAAUAAAUUAGAGAGUACCGGCAAACCAGGCAGGGUACAUUUAAGUGAAAAAACUUUAAAUUUUUUGAAUCAUCAAUAUAUCACAGAAGAAGGAGAGGUAGUCAACGGUAUUAAAACUUAUUUUAUCAAAAGUCGUAAAUCAGAUAUUAUGAAUGAAUUUGUAACAAAUAUUAUAUUACCCAAAGAUUUAUCUCCGUUAAUGCAAACUCGUCACCGUCUUGCCUCUUGCAAUAAUCAGAACAAACCCAAACUUCAUUAUCUCCACAUGGUAACUAAUGCAAGUAAGAUAAAAGCUAAUUCCUUGCCCAGUAUUUUGGAUUCUGAAAAUAGUAAUGACAUGGAUGAUGAGAAGGAAGAUCUUAAUAAAAGUCCUAUGUCAACUGCGAGUUAUGAAAAAAAAAGAUCACGAAAUAAACCAUGGCGUUAUUUACAACGACAAAGAACGAGCGAAGAAAUGACUCCUUUAGAUAUGGAAGAAGGAAAAAGUAUGAUUUUAAAGCAACCAAAAAGUGAACAAUUCGAAGAUCGCAAUGGAUUCAAACGAAUUCCUUUCAAUAAUAGUGUUGAAAUGGAUCCAAAUCCUGUGCCUUCUAGUCCUUUAUUGUCUGGUCAAGAAACAAUAAGUCACGCUUCAUCGAUAUGUAGUAGAAAAGAUUCUGGUAUUAAGAGUAAUAGCAGACGUAGUAGUAUUCAACAGCAGUUGUUCCUGAUGAAUGGUAUGGCUCAAGGGGAUUUAUUAGGUCACAGAGUUAGUGGUUAUUAUACUUCUAGUUCAACUUUGAACUCUACUCAUGAAAUUUCGUCAUCCGUACCACCUUAUCCGUUUCCUCCAGCAGUGACUGAUACAUUUGGUGCAUGUUUCCAUAAGUUAAGAAAACAAUCUGAUUUACAACUGAUAAGAUGCGUUCAAGACAACGUGAGUUCUCAACGUUCGUAUUUCGUGAAACCACCGUUAUCAAGCGUAACGCUAUUUUUUAAGAAUAAAGAAUUGGAAAAGGAAUACAGAGAAAAUGCACACCGAGCGAGCGAAGGUGUAACUGGCAAUCCUCCGACUCUAGCUACUUCAAGAUUUAAUACUUAUUUUGACAUAUUGAUAUCGGCUCUGGUUUACGUAGCUAUUACAAUAUCGCUCUUCUUGCUUUGCAAGCCUUCAAUUUUCUAUAUUGUAUUUUGUGUAUUUGCCACGGCUGUUCAAAUCCUAGCCGUUUUACUUUGCAUUAGACAACUUUUUAAGCCAAAUACCACUCACGCAACUUUAACUCAAAAAAUAUUCGAUUUUUUUUCUAGAUGGUAUCCUUGGCACGUUUGCGGUGCCUUAUUAGUUGGCUUACCAAUUGUUUCAAUUCUGUUAAACUUCACUUGCAAUAGCUUACGUACUUUAAAUAACUUCGAAUAUUAUUACAGCUAUUUGAUCUUCAUUGGACUGGUCCACUUUUGUAAUUUUACUCAAUUGAAUUGUUGGAUGAAAAACUUGCUAGUCACCUUUGCCGGUGCUUUAUUUAUUUGUCUGGUUGUUAGUCAUAUAUCGUAUAAUCAGGAUAUGACAAUACCAAGCGACUACGAUAUUAGAAAUAAUACGCAAGAACGAUCGGCGAUGCGUCCGAAUUUAGUUAACGCGAUCUUAAUUGAACAAAAUAAUUAUCCUAUAGAUGAAAAUUUAAUAAUUCCACGAAAAGAAUUUCGUAAUUCUGUAGAAGCGUCAACACAAUCGUCACACAAAAUAAUCGAGCAAUCACGCAAACCCAUGAUGGAAUCUAUUAUAAUAACGGAAAGAGAAAAAGAAUUAAGGUACAACGAGAGAUUGUACCAUUCUGAGAUUUAUCUUGACAUGAUACUCUUACUCUUAUUAGUUUGGUUUCUGAAUCGCGAAUUCGAGAUUAGCUAUCGAUUGAGUUUCCAUGGAAAUUUUGUAGCGGCGAGAGAUAAGACGCGCGUACAAUCGAUGAAAAAUCAAGCCGAUUUACUUUUACAUAAUAUUAUACCCAAAUACGUAGCCGAUCAAUUGAAAACCACUGCUAAAUAUUCACAAAAUCAUAAAUCCGUCGGGAUUAUUUUUGCCAGUAUUGUUAAUUUCAACGAGUUAUAUGACGAAUCUUAUUUAGGUGGUAAAGAGUAUCUACGAGUACUUAACGAAUUGAUUGGUGAUUUUGAUGAACUUCUCGAGAAACCAGAAUUUUCUAAUGUUGAAAAAAUCAAGACCAUAGGUAGUACAUUUAUGGCAGCUAGCGGUUUAAAUCCACAAGUGAGACAGCAAAGUGACCAUGAAUAUACUCAUCUUUUUCAACUAAUUGAUUUUGCGAUGGCUAUGCAUAAAGUCAUUUAUGAUUUUAAUCGAGACUUGCUGGAAUUUAAAUUGAUUUUAAGAAUUGGUUUUAAUUAUGGCGACGUUACGGCCGGUGUAAUAGGCGCGACUAAAUUGUAUUAUGAUAUUUGGGGCGAUGCGGUAAACAUUGCAUCUAGAAUGGAUUCUACUGGAGUCGCAGGUAGAAUACAAAUGGCUAGUAAUUGUAUUGGCGUACUCUCAGAUAAAUACGAGUUCGAGCCACGCGGUCAAGUAUAUGUAAAGGGGAAAGACAAUAUGGAUGUAUUUUUACUCAAAGGGAAAAAGGAGAAUACUACAAAUGCUAAUGGUACUUGAAUUAUACAGAGUGCCAAUUAAUACAUCAAUGAUCUGACUAUGUUAUAUGGCAUGAUAAAAUUCGAGGUUGUGCAGUUUUAAUAUAUACAAUAUAUCGUCGAUUGAGUUGGAUGAAAUUUGAAUAUACAGGGUGUACCAAAAUAUAUGGGCAUAAUUAAAGAGAUGCUUUCAAUACGCUAAAAUAAGAAGAAGUUUGUUUUUCUUAUUUUAGCUUACUGAAACCACUCCUGAAGUUAUGAAAUCCUUGUAUGCGUGUGUGACUUAAGAUGAAUAAAAGAGAAAGAGAGAGAGAGAGAGAGAGAGAGAGAGAAAGAAAGGUAGUGAUGGUAAAUUGAAAAGAGCCUAGGGACGAAUGUUUUUUGAUAGACGUUGUAUUCUAUUAAAAACUAAUCGCCUUAUUAAUUGACUGCUCAAAUUCUGCUAAUUAAAGAUAUUUAUUACCGAGAUAUUAAUUGUAUUUUUGUAAAUAUUAAAUCUAACAAAUUGUCUAUAUCAUAGAGAGUGAUCUUAAACCUGCCUUUGUCAAGUACAAAGCGGAUCAAGGGUAGAAACCCUUGGGUGUCGCGUUCAUUUCAAUACAAGGAAAAUGUAUAAUAUUUGUGAAAAGAAACUAACAUGCAGACUAAGUAUAUUACAUUUAAAUAUAUAUAGUUACGGCGCAGGCAGUUCCUAUAAAUAUAUUUGGGCUUUGUACCACAAAUAUCAUUGUAAUAUAACAUGAAGAAUUGAUUAUAAAAAAAAAAAGAAAAAAAUAUUAACAGUAUGUCCUAAGCAUUUAGGUUUGAUAUUUAAUUGAAGUCUUGAAAGAUCUUAGUAUAAUGUAAGAUAAAUCCAAAUAACUUCUAGUAUUUUACGUAAAUCAUAAUGUGAAACGAAAUUGAAAAAUGUGCUUACGCAAAGUCUAUCACCACUUAUAUAUGUCCCUGCAAAAAAGUUAUAAAACAAAAAAAAAAAGAAAGACGAAACAAAAAAGAAGAUAAAAUGUAUCUCGUAUUCUUGCCUACCUUUAUGGAAUUUGCGACAAUUUGAACGAUUUGAGCAAUUUGUAACGAAUGAAAUAUUUUCCUCCGCUUCUUAAAAUAAUAACUUAGUCAAUUGUAGGGACAAAAAAGCUGUUUUUAAACAAUUUUUUCUUUUCUCUAUGGUUAUAUAUAUAUAUAUAUAUAUGUAAAGGAUAACUUUUUACCAAAGAUCAAGGAAUGAUUUAAAGAAAAUCUUAGGUUUUCGUUACAAACAUGUAGGAUAUAGAAUAUAUGAUCCGAUAUUAUAGAUUUAUCCAGUUUAGCUUUGCCUACAAAGAUAUGCGUUUUAUUUUUUAAAGAAUUUGUAUUACGUAACAUUCCAAUAAUUAUUUUUGCGAUCAAAUAUUACAAGAGAUCCAAUUAAAACAAUGUAAUUAAUCUGUUCUAUGAAUUAUUCAAAAUGAUUAUAUUUAUAUGAAGAAAGUUAGAAAGAAAGAAAGAGAAAGAAAAAACAUUGUAAGAACGAUUAGUCAAUUACUCUUUUUUAUAAAUUUGCUAUAUAACAUCUCGCGAAGAAUACAUUGAUAUUUAUAAUUUGUACAAUAAGCGAUAUAAUUUUCUGAAAAUCCUUCCUUGUGUGUGGAAUAUAUAUAUGCUAUAAUAUAUUUUUAUUAUUUUAGAUUUUAAAAAAAAGGAAAAAAUGAAAAAGAGUAUGUAAACAACGACGAAGGCUAAUACAAAUAUAGUCGAGGCAUGAGCUUCACAUAUAUAUAUGGAUCUUUAGUAAAAUAUUAAAAUGAAAGUGUUAAGUUUUGCAAUGUCUAUUUUCAUACAGCUA